UUUCACGAAAAACCAGCCAGCUGUCACGCAGGGGCCAGGGCCAAAGCCCAAAGUUCCAACGCCGAAGAAGAGCUCAACUCGUCUCUCGAACUCUGUUCGAACCCAGAUCGCCGCCGCCACAUUCUUCUGCACGGCGCCGUCAUCCUCACCUACUCUUCACGACGUCGUCGCUCUCUCCUCUUCUCGUCCGAGUCGUCGCCUCUCGCUCUCACCUUCGUCUUCUUCACGUCUGAGCCUGGCGUCUGGUCUGGCAGCAGAGAAUUGAAAGGCAUUAACAAAUCCCUCGCCCACUGGGUAGAGCGGAUCCUCUUCCCGUGGUCCCUGUGCUUCCGACACCGGCGUCAGCCCCAAGUUUGCGUGUUCUGUUGUUGUUGAUGGUGAACAAACAAAGCUGGCAGUAAUGUUUUGGAGAAAUUUGAAGCAAUUUGGACUCUCUGCCAGAGAACUACGGGAUAUGGCAUUCUCUCUUGUCAAAUUAUCCUGUUGUCUUCAUGUCACCGCCACCUAUCUCGUGGAUCCUAUUCAGAUCUAUGGUCCUAGCAUGCUUCCGGUAAUGGGUCCGAUGCCUACCAUUAUAUUGACCGAAAGGAACUCCCCACGUUUUGGUAAAGUUGAGCGCGGGGAUAUUGUUAUUGUGCGGUCACCUGAAAACCCUCGAAAGUUGAUGUGCAAGCGCUUGCUUGGAUUGGAGGGUGAUGGUGUCACAUUUCUCGUCGAUCCUAAGUAUAGUGAUAAAUGCGAGACUGUAGUGGUACCGUUGAUUUCCCAUGUUCCCAAGGGACACGUUUGGGUUCAGGGAGAUAACAUAUAUAACUCCAGGGAUUCAAGACAAUUUGGUCCUGUUCCUUACGGUCUUCUUCAUGCCAAGGUCUUCUGGAGGUUAUCGCCGCCUGGACCCUUGGGCAAAAACUGAUCCAAGAUUUCAGCUUUGUGAAGCUCAAUUCCUUAGCGGUAUUAUCACUCUUUUUAUUCAAUUCCUAAAUGUGUAUACUCGCCCGAGUUUCAUUUUAACGUACGAGGUGCCAUUUCACCCUACUUGGAGUUAUAAAACUCGUGGUUCCCAGAAGAUGAAAAGCUGGGAGGUGAGACAUUGUUGAUUGUUAAUUAGUAGCAUCAACUGAGGAGUGUUGUCUUUUCAGUGACUGUGUAUUUUCCGUGGUUGAACACAUUCUUUUAUAUGUAUGCCAUGAUUAGCCUAUAAAGUCUGGUGGAAGACCAUUUGAUAUCCUGUUACUAUUAGAUUGUUGUCCUGUUGAAGAAGGUUAUUGGAAAUGAGGAGGUCCGGGCACGGCUUUAAUUUUGUCAAUCUCAGUAAGAAAUGCUAUUAUGAACCACUUUUACUGUCGUGUUUAUUUCUCAUUCAAGAAUAGAUAUGCCAGGAUGAUUUAAUGAAUGAAAAUCAUGGCAAAAAUAGAUAUUGGAGAACAUCCAACAUGAUAUUUUGGGUUUUUUUUUUUUUUUUUUCCAUGGGAAGGUCAAGAUGUUUAAGGUUGGAACCGCAAGAUUUUGAAACUGUGGUUACCAUGCAUUCUGAAUUUGAAGUUAUAGUUGUCAGUUUAGAAUUGACGUAUGAAGCAAAAAUAUCUUGGACAGACUAUAAAAGACUGUCAAACUCCGAAGACAUAUGAGCUCCCUUUUGCCACUCUGAUCCUGAAGUCCCACAAGAUGCAAAUUCCAAAACGGACAUUCUCCAAUAUAGUAUCUUUUUCCUUCAAAGAGCUCAUUACAGUCUCAUUGAUUCCGUUCCUUCUCGAAGCUUCGGUUUCAGAUUGGAUUCUCCGUGACCUUGUUCUGCGCCACUCUUGACACUGAAUUGGGACUGAAAAUUUAGAGCAUGUUUGGAUUGCAUUCUAACCUUAGUUAGAGUGGGUCAAACUGAAGUUAGGAUGCAAAAUGUUACAAAAAUCUUGUUUGGAUUAUCAUAAGUUUUCAACCUCAAUUAGCAUGCAAACGAGCAUUAUUCAAGAAGCCCACUAACCUGGCUUUUGGUUUUCA